GACAGCCAUCAGAAACUGCCGAAUCUCGUUCGUACCGCCGCGCGCAUCGGCAGUCGCAUGACUUCCGAUGACGGAAACAUUGUGUCGUACGUUUUGUUAAAAAAACAAAAACGUAUCGCGUCACCGAUAACCGACUUCUUCGUUUUACGGGAGGGAGGGGCAGAGCGGCGGCGAGGCGCGCCCCAAUACCCAGCGGCCAGCCCGUCCGGACAUGUGCGCUCUCCAGCGGGGUGUAAAGGCUACGUUAGCGGCCGUCGCUGUCAGCGUUUUAAGCGAAAAUAGCCGUUAGCAAGGCAGCUAACCAGCACACGUUCUACCCAGCGUUACACCGCCACCCACACCCCCACCCAAAGGGCUAGCGUUGGAGCGCCGUCAGACCCCCGGGCUGUCCGUCAGACGCCUAAAAAUGGCCGCCGUCGCGGUUCCUGCGAGUACCGGCGCUCUCUUACUAGACAUCGAGGGGACGACCACGCCGAUCACCUUCGUGAAGGAUAUCUUAUUUCCGUAUAUAAGGGAGCAUCUUGAGGAUUACCUGUCCACCCACUGGGAAGAAGACGAGUGCAAACAAGAUGUUCAUCUUCUAAAGAAACAGGUUGAGGAGGACAUCAAGCAAAACCGAGCAUGUCCUGUUCAUCCAUUGGAUCAGACGGUUCACACAGAUGAGGAGAAGGCAAUAAGGGAGGUGGUGGAUACUGUACUGUGGCAGAUGGCUGCCGACAGGAAGACGACAGCUCUCAAACAGCUCCAAGGCCACAUGUGGAGGGCAGCUUAUGCUACAGGGAGAAUCAAAGGCGAGAUCUACCAGGAUGUAGUUCCAGCCAUCAAAAGAUGGAGACGACACGGCCUGAAAGUCUACAUCUACUCUUCUGGAAGCGUGGAGGCACAGAAACUUCUUUUCGGAUAUUCUGUUGAAGGAGAUGUUUUAGAUUUAUUUGAUGGCCACUUUGACACCAAUAUAGGAGCUAAGGUUGAGGGCAAGAGCUACGAGAGGAUUGCGGAGAGGAUCGGCUGUCAACCUGAGGAAAUCACCUUCUUGACAGACGUCACAAGAGAGGCUAAAGCAGCAGAAGACGCUGGAGUCAAUGUGGUGGUCGUGGUGAGGCCCGGGAACGUGGAACUGACCGAGGAGGAGAGGACCCACUACAACCUCAUUACGUCCUUUAGCCAACUGGAAGUGAUGGGACACGCCUAACUCUGAGAACGGGAGGAGGAGAAGGAUAACCUGUUCUCUGGCCUAGUUUAACAUUGACCUCUCCCACCUUCUCUUUGCUCCCCCCCCUUUUCCAGCUCCGAUGUUGAUGGUCCUCCCGAGUGGAUUGAUUGUUCUUGGCAAAUGGACAGGUGAAGGCAAUAUGAAGUAUAAAGCUGCAGACGGCUUACGGUCCAGCUGAUUAGGAUCCAGUCUGUAUGACGGAAUUUUCUAGAUAUCAAACAUGAAGGAAACACGGCGUGACCCCCGCAAAGUCCUUUACCUUUGAACACUGAAUGCCACCUCUGUACCACGUGUUAUGAUUUAGAAACCAAGAAUUGUGUACAUUUGUAUUUUGGGUUAUCGUCUGUUUUGUAAAACUACAUUUUCUCCCUGACGAAGUAAGUUUUUCUACUGUUCAUUCGAGCGCUCGAAAUUUCUUCAGCAAACGCAGUUUUCAAAUACCGUUCGGGGAAACUGCGUCACGGACACUGCAGAAUAGAUGCAUUUAGCACUAAUGCUGCUAGAAAUAGAAUAUUCUAAUUUAAAAGUGGUUUGGAAACUUGUAACUUUCACCCUGUAGGUGAAUGCUGUUUAACUGUGCUUGUCUAGAUGUAACCCUUUACAAAUUGGAAGUCACCAGAGAAUUGCCAAAUAAAAAAAAAAAAGUAC